AUGGCUGAAAUCAUUGUUACUGCACUCAUCAAAGUUGUUUUCCAGAAGCUGGGAGAUGAAGCUUUGAAGCAGGUUGUUCGGGCCAAAGGAAUUCAAUCUCAGCUCAAAAAUUUGGGCAAUACGUUGUCCAUGAUCCAAGAUCUCCUUAAUGAUGCUUCUGAUAAAGAAACUGCUAAUACAAGUGUUAAAACAUGGCUCAACAGACUCCGACAUUUGGCUUAUGAUAUUGAUGAUGUUCUUGAUAGUUUGGCAACCGAAGCCAUGCAUCGUGAGUUCACUAGCAAGGUAAGAAACCUCAUCCCAUCUUUGAAACUAAAUAAAGAACUACGUCACCAGUUAGAUAGCAUUGCCUCUAGGUUACAACAACUAGAAAAGGAUGCACAUUUUCUGGGAUUGAUUGUGAAAGCUGAAAACCCCAUACGUAUGAGCAGUAGAAAAAACGAAACCUCUUUGCCCGAUUCAUCUAAGAUUGUUGGAAGAGAAAGAGAAAAAAAAGAAUUGCUUCACAAGUUGUUGGGAGAUGAUCAAACACCAUGUAAAGAAAAAUUUAGCGUCAUACCUAUAGUGGGUAUGGGUGGUGUUGGUAAGACCACUUUGGCUAGAAGUUUAUAUAACGAAACACAAGUGAAGGAUCACUUUAAACUCCGUGUGUGGGUUUGUGUUUCUGAUGAUUUUGAUGUGUUUAAGAUCAGUGAAGCCAUCUUUCGAGCAAUGUCUAGUGAAAAUAGGGAGUUUAAAGAAUUAAAUGAGCUUCAGAUAGCUCUUUUAGAUCAAAUUAAAGAGAAACAAUUUCUACUAGUACUAGAUGAUAUCUGGAGUGAAGAAUAUCAUAAUUGGGAGAACCUCGUAAAGCCAUUUGAUGCAGGGGCUCUUGGAAGUAAAAUAAUUUUGACAACCCGAAAGGAGGGAUUGCUCAAACAAAUUGGUUUUAAUCAUCUAGACAAGUUGGAUAGUUUGUCACAUGAUGAUGCUAUGUCUUUACUUGCUCGUCAUGCAUUGGAUGCGGAUAACUUUAAUUCACAUCCAAUGUUGAAACCACAUGGUGAUGGCAUUGUCAAACAUUGUGGACGCUUGCCUUUAGCUUUAAAAGUAGUUGGAAGGCUAUUGAGGGAAAGAUCAGAUGAAAGAGAUUGGCGACACGUGCUAAAUAGUGAAGUGUGGCAUGUUAAGAAUGCCAAUAAUAUUGUUCCAGCUCUUAAGCUAAGUUACCAAGAGCUUUCAGCAUGUUCGAAACAAUUAUUUGCAUAUUGCUCCUUUUUUCCUAAAGACUUUUUGUUUGACAAGAGGGAGUUGGUUAUGUUAUGGGUAGCUGAAGGUUUCAUUAAACAAUCAUCUAAAAGCAUGUUAACCGAAGAAUCCUUAGGCCAUGAAUAUUUUGAUGAGUUGUUAUCGAGGUCAUUUUUUCAGCAUGCACCUAAUGAUCAAUCGUUGUUUGUAAUGCACGACCUCUUGAAUGACUUGGCCACACUUGUCGCCGAAGAUUUUUUUUUGAGGUUCACCGAUCAGAUAAAGAUGAACAAGGAAACCUUGGCAAAGUACCGUCAUAUGUCUUUCAUUCGUGAGAAGUAUGUUGGUUACCAAAAGUUUGAGGCAAUUAAAAGUGCCAAGAGUUUGAGAACUUUUUUAUCUGUUGGGGUGAAACGAAGUUCAGAUUGCUUCUACUUAUCCAACAAGAUUUUGGUUCAGCUACUUCCAGAGCUACCAUUAUUGAGGGUUCUUUCUUUAAGUGGCUUUGCUAUAAGCGAGGUACCUCAGUGCAUUGUUCGUUUGAAACACUUGAGGUAUCUAAACUUAUCGCAAACCAAGAUUAAUGAACUACCAGAAAAUGUGGGCACUCUUUAUAAUUUACAAUCACUUAUUGUUUAUGGUUGUGAUAAAUUAUGUAAGUUGCCCAAAAGCUUUUCAAAGCUUAAAAAUUUGUCUCAUUUUGACAUUCGGGAUACUCCAUUAUUAAUGCAGAUGCCCUUAGGGAUUGGUGAGUUAAAUAACCUAAAAACUCUAACCAAGAUCAUUGUUGUAGAAGAUGAUGGUUUUACAAUAACCAGGCUCAAAGAGUUAAAUAAUCUUGAGGGGAAGAUUUCCAUUGAGGGGCUGGACAAAAUGCAAAGCUCAACACAUGCACGGGACACAAAAUUAUCAGAAAAAAGGCUUACUGAGGUAAAGCUGGCAUGGAGUGAUGUACCUCAUGAUUCUCAAACGGAAACUCUUGAAAAUGAAGUACUUUAUGAGCUAAAGCCUUGUAAUGAUUCUUUAACGAUACUCAAAAUUGUGUCAUACCAUGGAACAAAGUUUCCAAGUUGGGUUGGUGAUCCCUCAUUUCACAAGUUAGUUCACAUGUCGAUAGUUGGCUGUAGAAAAUGUACGUCUUUGCCAGCAUUUGGGAGGCUACAAUCACUUAAGGAGUUGGUAAUCGAAGGCAUGAAGGAGGUUAAAGUCAUGGGUUCAGAGCUACUUGGGACUGGUUGUGUUGCAUUCCCUUCGCUUGAAACUCUAAGGUUUAAAAAUUUGCCUCAUUGGAGGGUAUGGUCGACGUGUAAGGAGGUUGUUGAUGGAGUGUUUCCAUGCCUUCGAGAGCUUUAUAUACAUGAUUGUCCUGAAUUAAUUGACAUCUCACUCGAAGAAAUAGAUUCAUUGAGAUAUCUUGAUAUAAAGGGAGGCAAUGGUGGUUUAUUGAGAAGCAUAGUUCAUGUAGCUUCGUCGGUCACUGAGUUGAUGAUAAAUAAUAUUGCAGGGCUUAAUGAUGAAGCAUGGAGAAGUGUUAUAAAGAAUCUCGGGAAAGUGGAACAAGUGUGGGUUAAUAGAUGUAAUGAAAUAAGAUAUAUGUGGGAAUCAGAGGAAGAGGCAAGUAAAGUUCUCGUGAACUUAAGGUACUUAGAAGUUAAUGGUUGUUUGGAAUUGGUGAGAUUAGGAGAGAAGGAGGAAGAUUAUAAGAGCAAUCUACUAAAGUCACUUAGAAUUUUGAGACUAACUAAUUGUGAGAAUAUGAAAGAUUGCGGUUGUCCGGGUAACAUUGAGAAGUUGAGUAUUAUUAAAUGUAGUUCGCUUACACAUGUCUCCUUCCCAAUAGAAGAAGAAGGAGGAGGAGGAAUGCAGAACCUUAAGUCACUCACAAUUGAAGAUUGUAAAGAACUAGUUGUAAUGGGAAAGACACACUUGUUUGGUAUGGGCAAAAAUACCAACACACAAAUGCUCGAAUGUGUAUUUAUUAAUAACUGGCCAAAUGUGAAAUCAAUGAAUGGAUUAUUGAAUUCUAUUCACCUCACCACCCUCGGAAUAUGGAGUUGUAAAAACAUGGAGUCUUUUCCCGACCUUGAGCUACCAAAUCUCACUUCACUAAGAAAUCUGACAAUUGCAUUUUGUCCUAGCAUGGAUGGAUGUUUUCCACGUGGACAUUGGCCUCCAAAAUUGACUAUUCUUGGAAUAGGGGGGUUGAAGAAACCCAUGUCAAAGUGGGGCCCUCAGAAUUUUCCAACCUCGCUUGUUGACCUAUCGUUAUAUGGCGUAAUGGAUGAGGGUGUGAGGAAUCUCACUGAAUUGUCUCCUCAUCUUUUUCCUUCAAAUCUUACUUCUUUCGGAAUAUGGAAUUUUAUGGAAUUGGAAAGCGCUUCUACAGGACUCCAACACCUCACCUCUUUGAAACAUCUAGAGAUUGGGUAUUGCAUAAACUUAAAAGAUCUACCAGAGAAGCAGUUGCCUUCACUCUUAAGUUUACGAAUUCAUAAAUGCCCAAAACUAAUAGAAAGUAAAAGUAAAAGUGAAAGAGGAUCUUUCAACUACUGGCCCAAAAUCUCCCAUAUCCCCUGCAUUGAGAUAGAUGGUGAAUUACAUAAUUAGUUGAAAUACUUUAUAUGUAUCAAGGAGAUAUCAAGCCAUAUGCUGCAAUGGGGAGAAAUGAAGUUCAUACGGGGUUGCAGCUUCACAUUUAUAACUUUUAAAGGAUGUGAACGAAGGGGGCGAUGAUGCAGACGAUUUUAAACCAGAAUGAUGGCUCGAUGAAAAUGGUUGCUAGAGAGGCCUUUCAAAGUUACAGCUGUUCGGGACACAGAUCGAUGUCGUUUGAAUCGAGAUUUUUGCUUCCAUCUUCAAAUUGAUCGUAGACUAGAUAUCCAUUUUAGCAAUAUUCGGGUAAUAUAUAUAUCCCUCCAAGUUAUGACUAUCAUGUAAAUUGUAUGUCAAAGCAACUAGCAUAUACGUACAUAUUUAGCAUUCGUAUUAUUGUCAAUAGAUGAAUAAGUGUCAUCUUUAUAUGUAAAAUGCCUGAUUGGAAAAAGACGAUCAAAGUAACACAAUUGAAGUCACUUUUAGAUCGGAAAGAGUUGGCAACGAUU